AAUCCAGUCAAAGAAUCAGAUGAAAGGCAGCUAGGUAGCAGUCACAGUCGCUCCUUCGACGCUGGAAUCAACUCGAUCAUGUCUGUUGAAUUAGAAAGUAACGGUCUUCUCGGCGGAAUGGAGUUUCCGGCAGAGCCAAACAACGGCCUCGUGAACAAUGGCUUGCUCUCAGGGUUACAGGAGGAUGACGGUCUUCAAAGCAACGGUCUGCUCGCCAUGAUGGAGGACGAUCAGAUGCUGCUGGAUAUCGAAAGUGGAGUCGGGUCGCUUGCAGGAAGCAAGGGAGGAGAGACGGGGCUUCCUGGCGUUGGGCAGAGCGAAGAGGGGAUCGGAUCGUCGGUUCCUAGCCAAUAUGGUGCCGAAUCUCGAUUGUCAACCCCUCUUGAUAUCGAUACGGACACCUACAUAUCAUCGAAUACCAACCUCGCAGGACCAUCGAAGCAAAGAGUAUCGCAUCAACAUGUGUACCGAGAUGACACGGCUUUGAGAAACGCCCAGGCAUUGUCGUUGCCGAGGAUGUUCGCAUCCACGGCAGAUGGCAAGUAUGUUAGCUUUGGCCGCAAAGUCAGACGGAAAUGGGACGGUGUAGCAGCCCGACCCGUACCUAAAGGCGACAAAGACGGUAGACUCCAGCUCCUCGAUGUCCCCUAUCACCUCCUUUUAAAACAGAUCGACCAGGACGAGGUCGAACGUGCGGACCAGACUUUACAAGCAAAUCUCGCUCGUCAAGAACAUGUAGAAAGGCUGGAACGAAAGGGCAAAGGGAAAGAUAUCGGACAGAAGGCUAUGUGGGUAGAUAAAUACCGGCCGACCAAGUUCACCGAUUUGUUAGGGGAGGAGCGAUGCCACCGAGACGUCCUCUCGUGGCUGAAAGAUUGGGACAAGUGCGUGUUUAAGAGUGUCGCGCCAGGAGUCCAGGCGAAGAAACGGAAUCGCCUAGAGAGCAAUGAGGAGUUUGCUUAUUUUGAUGCGCUCGGCCGGCCUAAAGAGAGGAUUUUGCUGCUGAGCGGACCUCCUGGACUUGGGAAGACAACUUUGGCACAUAUCGUCGCCAAGCAAGCGGGCUACGACGCUUUCGAGAUCAACGCGAGUGAUGACCGAUCGGCUGCUACCGUGACGGACCGGAUACAGAACGCUAUAGAUGCAGGGAGCGGAUUGCGAAGCAGGGGCAAACCGAUCUGCGUGGUCAUCGACGAGAUUGAUGGCGCAGCAGGAGGUGGCGAUACGAGCUUUAUCAAAAGCCUGAUCAAGCUGAUCCAGGAUGUGCCGGCGAACAAACGGAAGAAACAGGCGGCCAAGGUGCUCAAACGCCCUAUCAUCUGCAUCUGCAAUGAUCUCUACGCUUCUUCCUUGCGACCACUACGACAACACGCGCGGAUAGUCAGGUUCAAGAAAGCUCAGCCUCAGCUUGUCGUCAACCGCCUGAGAAAUAUCUGCGAGAGGGAAAACAUGUCGGCAGAAACACGUGGUUUGGCGGCGCUCGUCGAGAUCACCGAAGGCGAUGUCCGGAGUUGCCUGAAUACGUUACAGUUCAUCAAAUCACGUACGACCGAGGUUACGGAGAAGAGUGUACGAAAGACAGCGCUGGGACUCAAAGAUGGCGGAGCAUCUCUUCAUGGGGUCUGGCAUAACCUCUUUGUGCCAGUCACCAGCAAGAAGAAGCGGCAAAAUGGAAUGGCGACGGGCGAGGAUGGCAAAUACGUUGGUAGGCUAGCCGAAGUGGUCAUGAGCAGUGGUGAUGUCGACCGUGUCAUGCAAGGUUGUUUCGAGCACUAUCCAAAUCUCAAGCCAAUCGACGCCUCUAUAAAGAACGUCGCACGGAUACACGACUGGAUCCACCACUACGACCGACUACAUCAUCGAGUCGGCAAGUUCCAAGAAUUUGAGUUGAUGGGUUACAUGCCAUACGCUGUGGUACCUUGGCACACACAUAUGGCUGCCGCCGCUAAUACCAGUAGAGCGGUCGACUUUCCAAAGACGGACUAUGAGGCGUUCCUCAAAUCGAGCGCAAUCAAGGAGAUAGGCACGGCGCUGCUUCAGUCGAUCCCUGCCAAUCUACGGACGAUUUACAACUCUUCGUCCAUCCUGACCGAGCUGGGGCCAUACUUGAUGCGGAUUAUCUCGCCGCCAUUGAAACCAGUCAACUCGAAUCUCGUAAAGGCGGAUGAAAAAGCGACCUUGGUCCGCUUGGUAGAUCUUAUGAUAGACAUGAAUCUACGUUUCUAUCGAGACAAGACGGAAGAAGGACAGGCGACUUUUCGGCUGGAACCCGCUAUUGAUUCGCUGGUGCAUUAUGAUGGCAAGCGGGCGAGUGACAUUGCCACUUCGCGCUUCGCUGUGCGGAGUUUGGUCUCGCAAGCGGUCGAUGCCGAAGUCGCCAAACGUAGGGGUGCUGGUAGUGGUAAAGAGAACAAACCACUACAUGGGAUGUUCAAGACUGCCCCGCAGGAGGAAAAGCCCGUCGAUCUGGCAGACAAGCCACCUACCGAUUUCUUUGGCAGAGCCAAGGCAAAUGUACUCGCCGCAGUCGGAUCGAAGGGCAUCGAUGGACAGCCUGCCAAAAAGUUCCGAGUCGUUUACAAAUUCAACGAGGGAAGCUCAAGCGCCGUCAGAAAGCCAGUCAAGAUGGCGACGUUGCUCUAGAUAUGAUCUUGUUGAUGCCAUUGCCAUUUCUUGUAUUACAAUGGUAUUACCGCUGCACAAGGCUACGAUAU